UGGUUGUUUUCAAUAACAGUUCAAAGAGCUUCUCUGAUAAAGGUUUCUUUUUAAACGUGUGUGAACGGUCGCAACCUGACACCCAUUUCACCCUCAUACAGUGCAGAUGGUAUUGAACAUACCCUGACAUGCCAUCAGCGUUUGUCAUCAUCACAGAAGUUCCUGGACUUGACUUCAACCUGGGUACCCUCAAGAGGCCACAGAGUAGAGGUGCAGCCUGUCUGCGGCCCAGGGAGGGAGUGGGAUACCUGUAUCCUUUUCAGGGCCAGAGGUGGGUUGUGGGAGCCAGGAGCUCGAUGAAAUGGGAUAGAGUGGGGCUGCCUGGAGCAGCAGCUGGGCUAGGAGAUGAGUCCUGGUGGAUCCUGGCAAUGGGAGGAUGGUAGGUGGAGAAACCAAGGCAGGGCUGUGUCCCUUCUGCUGCUGAGAUAGAGGGCGUGGCCAUGUGGUGACCCUGCAAGGCUGCCUCCAGACCAGUGGGCACUCCAUCCCAUCUUCCAAGAUCUUGCAGCUAUCCUGCCCUAUACACAAAGAGCAGACUCAGGCCCCACUUACUUGAUAUUGGGGCCAGAUUCUUCCAUCUGUGAGGAGACACAGAGGACCCAGCUCCCCUGGAGCCUGCAAGACUUGGGCCACCAGAAUCCCAGUAGGUCCCUGAACCAUUGUCCCCCACUAAGUCUGCAGAGCUGUGAAAUGCAGACAAUAACCCUUCCCUGCCUGAAAGAGCACUUUUCUGGGGGAGCCCAUGGGAGUCAGGAGCAAAAGCAUCUGUCAAGUAGCUACCCAGAGAGUUACAUGAAAUCAUUUCUGUGCCUUUGAUAGAUGCUUCUUGAACAAAGUUUCUGCCCUGAGCCCGCCUGACCCCUCAGGCUGGGCUCAGUGCCCUACCUUGUCUUCCCACCAGCCUCCGCCCUCCAUCAGACUCCUUUCCGUAUCUGCUUGUGCCCCUGUUGUCCCUCAGUUUGUCCACCCUCUUCCAAUCUCCCCCUCCCCAAACCCAUGACUGGUCAGUGGCCCCCAGCCUAGGCUCCGGCCUCCACGCAGGUCUUGGCCCCUCAGCUGACCUCCCUCCAACCUCCCUCUCUGCUCUUACUUUUGAGUAGGUAGUGACUGUAAAAGUAUCCCCGGGCUUCUAGGUCAAAAGGUCAGACUGAACACCUGCAUCUCAGUGGGCUCAGAAAUCCACUGAAACCACAGAGGGGAGUAUUUAAAACACAUAAACCCACAAGUAUGAGGAUGGUGAAAGAGGAGUCAGGAGCAAUGGCAUGCCUAAGCUAGACAUGGAUGAGAGCUGUCACUACGUUAGGGAAGGCCAAAUACUGCGUGGCGACUUGGGGAAGUGGAGAGAGUUCCCACCAGGCUGACUCCAGAACUGCAGAAGGCUGAGAACCAGCAGCCCGGAGACGGGAGACCUAUAACAAAGCUGCCUGGGGAACAGCUACUGAAGAAGCCCUUAACGCCCCACUGCUCUCCCCACCUGGUGGAGGGUGAAAGUUUUUUUGUUUUCUGAGACUACGCAUAGUCCCAGAGAAAAGACCUAAGCACCUCAUCCCCAAAAACAACCUGAGGAGGCCUCUGGAAAGCUCCGAGUUGACAGGUCUUACCCACGCACACGCUCAGUGCUUCAAAUCAGCGAUUAAGGCCAUUGCUUUUCAUCCGGAGCAGGCAGCAGGGAUUCCCAGGUAUCCAAAGAAACCAAAACAGGUGGUGUAAUUUAGGACUGAAUAAUUCAUGGCUCGGCCACUUUAAGUGUGGAAGCAAAACUGACCCCACAGAUAACAGAAAACUAACACUGCUUAUUGGGAGACACUAGUGUCACCCUGUCUAGUUCUGCUCCCCAAAUUAAAUAAAAGGGAAAUAAACAGUUGAGCACGUCCCAUCAGCCUGGAGGGAAACUUCCGCUCCCAACUUUGUAGGACUGACAUCUGAAGACGUCAGAGACUGCGGUCACAACCGUCGGUACCUCCUCAGGGCGCUUAACGGGUCAAAGAAGGCCCUCGCACCCUCCCGCCGGGAGAAAGCCCAGGCUCAGGGUGGUCUUCCACACCCCCGCCUCUCCCGGGACCACUUGGAAGCGAGCGCCAGCGAACUACUCGACCCAGGAAACCACUGGGCCGCCACUUCCAGCCUCUUCGGAGGUCGAGGCAACGCGCCUGAAGGUUGCCAUGGGAACAGCUGCAGGCGGGCGGAUAUGCCCUGUUUUCUGGGGGCUGCCCGCGGGAAAUGGCGUGGGAGCGGCGAGGGCCAAGCAAGCGCCCCCUCUGAUUGGGUAAAACCUCCUGCCUCUCCCCUCACCUGCCAAUAGGAACCGGUCCACUGUACAGACGCGCGGGUUCACAGCAUGGGGAGAGCUGCUCCCAGGGCGGAGGGAGUCCAUAUAACGCGGCCUCUGCGGCACCUCCUAGAGGAACAGAGCGCCUCUCUCCGGCCUCAAAGGCUGCUGCAAAUGCUAGUCCGCGGGCCACGGCCGCGCCUGUCUGGCGGACGCUCAUGGGAAACGUAGUUCAAAGGGCGUGGGUGGUGCCUUCGGUGCAGGCGAGAGAUUGGUCGGCGCGGCGUCGCCGGGGCAACUCCCCGCUAAGGCUCCCCGCGUUGCGCGGCGCCGCUUCCGGGAAGCGGCCUCCCAGCAACGGCUCCGGGGUAGAGGCCCAUCUUGACGAUUCCAAGACCACCCCCCUUGAGCAAAAAUGCCAUCUCCUCUGGGUCCCCCAUGCCUGCCCCUCAUGGACCCAGAGACUGCCCUCGAGGAGCCUGAGACUGCCCGCCUCCGCUUCCGAGGGUUCCGCUACCAGGAGGUGGCAGGUCCCCGAGAAGCCCUGGCCCGGCUGCGUGAGCUGUGUCGCCAGUGGCUGCAGCCUGAGGCACACUCCAAGGAGCAGAUGCUGGAGAUGCUGGUGCUGGAGCAGUUUCUGGGCACACUGCCUCCCGAGAUCCAGGCCUGGGUGCGCGGUCAGCGGCCAGGCAGUCCUGAGGAGGCCGCUGCCCUAGUCGAAGGACUACAGCAUGACCCUGGGCAACUGUUGGGCUGGAUCACAGCACACAUCCUGAAGCAGGAGGUGCUCCCUGCAGCUCAGAAAACAGAGGAACCACUGGGGAGCCCCCACCCCUCAGGGACAGUGGAGUCCCCUGGAGAGGGUCCCCAGGACACCAGAAUAGAGGGGUCUGUCCAGCUCAGCUGCAGUGUGAAGGAGGAGCCCAAUGUCGAUGGACAGGAAAUGGCACCCUCCAGCCCUCCACUUGUAGUGCAGUCCCCUGAGGGGCACCAUGGACACCAAGAAGCAGCCUCCACAUCCUUCCACCCUCCCAGGAUUCAGGAGGAGUGGGGGCUGCUGGACCGGUCACAGAAGGAACUGUACUGGGAUACGAUGCUGGAGAAGUACGGCACGGUGGUCUCCCUGGGGUUACCGCCCCACCAGCCAGAGGCACAGGCCCAGUCAGAGCUGGGGAUGCUGCUCCUGGGGACAGGCGUCUGCAGAAGCCUGCGCUCAGGAAAUGAGAGUGAGGGUCCACCCGGCUGCCCAGAGGCCCAGCCGCCCCAGGGCCCAGGGCCUGCAGCCUGGGAGGGCCUGCCUGAGGUCACCACUCCUGCCCCCACUGCGCGCCCAGGGACACCACCAGUGCCCACUCAGCCCACACCCACAGAGAUGAGACUGGAGCCGGGUACCACCCCUAGGAAGCCCUACACGUGCGAGCAGUGUGGCCGCGGCUUUGACUGGAAGUCAGUGUUCGUCAUCCACCACCGGACACACACGAGUGGGCCAGGUGCGCAGUCCCCAGGGCUAGCCGCCGGGGAAGGCACAGAGAAGCCACCGCAAGGGGAGCUGGCCUUUCCGCGCCACCCCCGACAUUCACUCGCAGGCCCCCGGAGCUACCCAUGUGAGGAGUGCGGGUGCAGCUUCAGCUGGAAGUCGCAGCUGGUCAUCCACCGCAAGGGCCACACGGGCCAGCGGCGCCACUUCUGCAGUGACUGUGGCCGCGCCUUCGACUGGAAGUCGCAGCUGGUCAUCCACCGCAAGGGCCACCGGCCGGAGGCUCCAUGAGCAGCCACAUGGCGCAGUCACUCGGGGCCUCGCUGUUCUUGCGGCCUGGAUGCAGCCUCUGGGGCACCAGUAGAAGACUCUGGAGGCAGAAGGGGAUGCCGGAGUGAACAGGGGGUCCUAAGCCAGUUCCCUGCCCCUGGUCUGGUCUCCCCCAAAAGACCUGGGUGCAAGGAAAAGGAGCUGCUCCCUCCCUCCUUGCCCCCGCCUCCUGGAGGGAGGUCUGAGUUCCUUUCUGUGGGUGACCAGUGCCUGUGGGGUGACUGCCAAGCACCAGGCUCCCUCCCUCCCCGCGACAUGGCCCUGGGAUGACAACACUCCCUCUCUGGGACCUCCUUGCCUCAGGUGGGUGUUCACAAACUGUGCCUUCCCACCCCUCUGUGCAGAGGCUGGGCCUGAGGUUUCAGUGUGGAGGGCAGAAGACCCCGGAAAGCCCAAUUGGCUUCCGUUUCUCCUGCUCCGUGUGUGUGAGAAUUUUAACAUAAAUUCCACUUUCAUAAUA